AACGAAAAAUACGACGUCGUCAGCGUCCCGACGUCGUGUACUUGUUUCAGUUUCGCGGCGCUUUUCGGUCCGGAAACAUCAACGGUAGUUUUCAGCGCAUGUUGCCGAUACGUUCCGAGUUUUGAAUGCCUCUAGCACGUGUUUUGGUUCCGUAAUGGCUUAAUAAGAAAAUAAAACAAAAUAGUAUCUUCGGAUAGCGAUAACGUUGAUAUUAAAACUAUAUCGGCAUACGGAGAAGCUUCAGUCGAUAUAAAAUUUUAUUAAGCCAUUUUCAGUCCAUUAAAAGUGUUUACAAUUGAUGAAAUAGCAGAUUAAACGUUAGAUCUAGGUUAUUAAAAGGAUUUUGAGGACAAUCAAGGAUGAUACGAUCAAAAUUGGGGGGGAAACGGGUUUACCUAACAAUAUUUGCGAUUGUUUCUUUAUUUAUAGAAGGAUUUUGGGCCCUGAAGGAGAUGCGGAUCGGCGUACCGGAAGCAGCGCUGUCCGGUGACACGGUAACGUUGUCCUGCGAAUACAAUCUCGAGGAAGUCGCUUUGUAUUCGAUCAAAUGGUAUUGGAACGACGAGGAAUUUUAUAGAUACGUUCCUAAGGAAUCGCCGCCCUUCAGGGCAUUUUCAGUUACAUUCGCCGAUUUUAAUGUUGACAUCAUACGAUCAGGAUCGACAGAAGUGACAUUACGGAAUAUAAGUAGAGAAAUGACAGGAGACUACAAAUGCGAAGUGUCGGCUGACGCGCCUCUCUUCCACACUGAUAUUCAAGCUGCGCAUAUGAUUGUUUUAGAUCCGCCCAAAAGUAAUCCUAAAAUUAUAAUCGAAGAACCCCCCGAAUCCACCAUGAAAAUCGAAAUCGGAAAAAUCAUCAAAGCAGGGUGCUUCGCCCCUUGGGGGCCUGGCAAUAACCUUUCGCCAAACGUCACGUGGUUCCUCAACGACGAACCGGUUAAAUCUGAUGAUCUUAGUGCCCGUAUUUAUCCGGCAGAAGUGAUUGUCAAUAAAACGAUCCAAGAAAAAAUCACUAAAUCGACGUUGGAAAUAGUAACGAAAAAAUUGCACUUUUCCAGAGGUAUCUUGAAAGUUAGAUGCCAGGAAUCGAUUUAUUCGGUUUGGAAGAAAAGCGUCGAAAGGUAUUUCAAAGAAGAAAGUCCACAACUGGCACCUGUGCUGGGUUCGACGUCUUCACAAAGUCAUACAAAUCAAGUUGUAGAAAUUAUAACAAACAGUUCCGGUAAAAACACCAGCUCGACACGUGUUCUUCUAUUUUUUUGUUUUAUGUUAUUCAAAUCGAUAUUUUCGAGGUAAUAUCCAGAGAAAUAACAAAGAAAAUGUAGUUUUCUGAAAGUGUGCCUCACGUUUCAAAUAAUUUAGAUAUAAAACGUUAUUUUUCCCAAUUUUCCUCGUUUAAAUCAAAUAAAAAUCGUUCGUUAUCGAUCCCAUCAUGAAAUUUUCCAACACCCUGUAUAUUAAUAUUUCCAUUUUAUAUUAUAGUUACUCCAUCUAGCGGUUAUUGUUCCACCUAUCUCGCAUAAAUUCGAUUUUUAAACAGAUUUUAGAACCAUUCCCGCCUUUUUCCUCUUCUUUUUUUAUACUGUUGGAACUUCAAGGUCAUAAUCGAAAUUUACCAGGGAACGUCGAUAAUUUUACACUUAAAUGCUUGACAUUUUAUGAUAAAUAAUUAAUUCCAAACGAUAUUUAAUUUUGUAGAUAUGUCAAAUGUGAUAAAAAAAAAUUAGUUUUAAGAUUUUUUCGUGAAAACAGCGUCCAUCUUGUACAUUCCUUAAAUUGAAUUUUCGUUAGUUUAAUUCAAUAAUAUCAUUGAAUUGCAAUGGAGAUGAAAAUUCGUUUCAAAUAUUCACAAAAAAAAAAUUUGGAAUAAAAUUGCGCCAAAAACCGAAACUUAACCUCUAAAAUCAAUUUGAAUUAAACUAAAAUUAUGUUGCUCAUUGUAUCAAUUACGUUUGUAUUUUAAAUAUAUAUAUCCAUUAGUAGAUUGGUUUAUAAUAAAAAAAAAGGAAA